UCCGGUCUUUGUGACUCAUUGUGUCUGUGGCGAGGCGUUGGGAGGGCCUAGGUUGGUGCGCGGUGCCCUUCGGCCGGGUUGAGCCCGGGAGUCAGCCGUGCUUGGUGGCUCGCUGUCCCCAGGCCGCUCCGGAGACUCACGGAGUAGUGCAGAGACCAAUAGAGAACAGUGGCUUGGACAGAGACCCCAGCCUGACCCUGUUGGAGCCUACUACUUCCUGAGCCUGAACGAUGACUGCUGAGUCAAGGGAAGCCACUGGUCUGUCGCCACAGGCCGCACAGGAGAAGGACGGUAUUGUCAUCGUGAAGGUGGAAGAGGAAGAUGAGGAAGACCACAUGUGGGGGCAGGACUCCAGUGUGCAGGAGACACCACCACCCGACCCAGAGGUAUUCCGCCAGCGGUUCAGGCGCUUCUGUUACCAGAACACUUUCGGGCCUCGAGAAGCUCUGAAUCGACUAAAGGAACUUUGUCAUCAGUGGCUUCGACCUGAAAUCAACAGCAAGGAACAGAUCCUGGAGCUGUUGGUGCUGGAGCAGUUCCUGUCCAUCCUUCCCAAAGAGCUGCAAGUCUGGCUGCAGGAGUACCGGCCCGACAGCGGAGAGGAGGCUGUGACUCUUCUAGAAGACUUGGAACUUGAUCUGUCAGGACAGCAGGUCCCGGGUCAAGUUCAUGGGCCGGAGAUGCUUGCCAGGGGGAUGGUGCCUUUGGAUCCAGUUCAGGAGUCCUCAAGCUUUGACCAUCACGAAGCUACCCACUCUCACUUCAAGCAUGCAUCUCGGAAGCCUCGCCCCUUGCCAUCCCGAGCUCUCCCUGUCACCCAUGUUCCUGCCCCUCAUCAUGAGGGGAAUCCCAGAGACCAGGCGAUGGCAUCUGCACUAUUGACCGCAGAUUCCCAGGCAAUGGUGAAGAUCGAGGACAUGGCCGUGUCCCUCAUCCUGGAGGAAUGGGGAUGUCAGAACCUGGCUCGGAGGAAUCUCAAUAGGGACAGCAGGCAGGAGAAUUUGGGGAAUGUGUUUUCCCAGGGUUCUGAGAACAGGAAUGGGAAAGAGUCAACCUCAAAGACUGACGUCAAAGAAGAUUCCACCUCACAUGGGGAAACAGCAGGAAGAGUCCAGAAAGAAUUUGGAGAGAAACGUGAACAGCAGGGCAGAGUAGUCGAAAGGACUACUCUUUUUCUGCAGAGGAACCAUGAAGAAAAAACUGACAAAGAGAAGAAAGAGCCUGGGCCUCCCACAACCAAGGAAAAAAAGCCCACUGCAGGAGAGAGGGGCCCAAGGGAGAAGGGUAAAGGCCUGGGAAGAAGCUUCAGCCUGAGCGCAAACUUUAAUAACACCUCCGAAGAGCUUCCAUCGGGAGCAAAGACUCACCGGUGUGAUGAGUGUGGGAAAUGCUUCACAAGAAGCUCCAGCCUUAUCCGCCAUAAAAUCAUCCACACUGGAGAGAAGCCCUAUGAAUGUAACGAGUGUGGGAAAGCCUUCAGUCUCAAUUCAAACCUUGUCCUGCACCAGCGAAUCCAUACAGGAGAGAAACCUCAUGAAUGUAAUGAGUGUGGGAAAGCUUUCAGCCAUAGCUCAAAUCUCAUCCUGCACCAGCGCAUCCACUCUGGAGAGAAACCCUACGAAUGUAACGAGUGUGGCAAAGCCUUUAGCCAGAGCUCAGACCUCACAAAGCACCAGAGAAUCCACACAGGGGAGAAGCCCUAUGAAUGUAGUGAAUGUGGAAAAGCUUUCAACCGAAACUCAUACCUUAUUUUGCACCGUAGAAUUCACACUCGAGAAAAGCCCUACAAGUGCACUAAGUGUGGCAAGGCCUUCACCCGGAGCUCAACCCUCACACUGCACCAUAGAAUCCAUGCCAGAGAGAGAGCCUCAGAAUACAGUCCAGCCUCUCUGGAUGCCUUUGGAGCAUUCCUGAAAAGUUGUGUGUAAAGCAAUAGUAUGUCAUCAAACCAUUUCCCCCCUUUUGUUUCUAAACUUAUAUCAGACUUGUGUGCCCAUCAAGGGAAAAAUAAUAACACCAUCAAAUUGUUUGAGAAGUCACAUGUAAGGAUCCUUAAGAGUUACAUCAAUAGUGCUCUGCCUUCGGGUGGUCUGUAGGCAUGGAAUUCUUACAGUCCUUGCAAGGGAGAGUUGGUCAUACGGAUAUUCUUCAGGAUAUUUCCACUCAAGAUAAAAGCACACACAGUGAAAUGCCAGGAUUUCUGGUAGUGGAUGUACGAAUCAAGACUGGUUCUGUGAAUAUUAAGCUGAAGUUAGAAGCCACUUAUUGCCAACAAGCCCUACGUGGACAACCUGUAUUCUCAAUGAAGAGAGACAGUUAAUACAAAAACUACAUUGGGACAUGCUGCUCGAGCAAGUUAUAUAUCCAGAAAGUAGUAUAUCUGAUCACGGGUAGCCUGCCAAAGCUAUAGAAAUCUAAGACUGUGCUGAUCAGAAUCAAACCAAAGAUUUCUAUCUCUCUGAAAGAGAGGGUAUGUGCACCAGUUUGUAGGUCUAAGGACUGUAACAGAUGUGGGUGGUUAUGCCAUUAUCAGCGAGGUCAGUCCUACUGAAGAAAUAGCAACAAUUCAAGAUGCUUUUAUCCCUCUUCAACGUCCCUAAAGCACUCUAGCACUCCUAAAUGCACUCUCCACAAGUUGGCACUUGAUUAUAUACCGUCUUUUAAUCUUUCAUCGUUCAGUGUAUGGAAGCUUUUGUCUACCCCCAGCCCCCCAAAAGAAGAUGCUUCAGCUGUCAAGAAAUCCAGUUAUGUUCCUAACAGCACAGCAUUGGAAGUAGUACUAAACACACACACACACACAAGGCACUCCCUAUGACAGACUUCCCACAGGACUAUCAUAUUUGUGAUAGAGCCUGUGAAUCUGGAGUACCUGAAAGUCGGUACCUUCCGAGCUAUAGGCCAUGCCCUAACUUAUUCUAGGGUCAUUGUUAUUUUUGUCCUAAAUAUAAGCAAAAACUUGUUUAGCUGCCUGCAGAGAGACUCUGUAAACAUGGAUCAGCAAGUAAAUACCACAGAAUAUCAAAAAGAGACUUUUUGUCAUCCACUUACAGAAGAAAAAUAUGAACACUAACUAUAACAUUUUUGUUUGUUUGUUUGACAUCAUUCCAUGCAAAGCUCUUAUUUUUGGCCAGAGUUCUUUUCGGUCAGUUGCUUGAAUGGUUGUCUUUUGAGCAUUUGCUGAGUUACCUAAAACUUAGCUAAUCUCUUCAAAAGCUGUAAUGUGUUUUUGUUGUUAUUGUUCUUUUAUUGAUUUUUGUUUUUAAUUCGCAGAAAAGGGGAGUUAAAGGGAGCAUUUUUUUCCACAUUUGACCAGAAACUUGCAGAAGCAUCUGUCGUCAUUAGUUGGCAGUAGCUGAAGGUGUGCUCUUGCUCUGAGAAGUUCACCACCACACUGUGGUAUGGUUGGUCGUGCCAUUGUGUUUAAUAGCACACAGUGUUGUCUUUCUCUCUCAUCAAAGACUAAAGUGAGGUUAGGGGACUUUAGCCUUUUCUGAUAUCUCUGCAGGUGGCUUCCCAGAAGCUCUUGAUGGAGACUUAAUACAACAGGAGACCCAAGUCUGGACUAUGUAGGUAUUGGAGGCUUGAACAUGACAGUGUGGAGAACCCUGAAGAACCCUAGAAUCAUAAGCUAAAGACAGACUUGAAGAUCCUUAACGUGAACACCCCACAUAUGGUUUGAGAUUCCCCUCAAGAAACAGCUAACAUCAUCUAGCACCUGUCAUUCUCUGACUAGCAACGAAAGUUCAUCAGGCUGGUGCCUAUGUGGUCUAAGCUCUAGGUCAAACUAGAAUCCUACAAGGGAUCAUUCUCUGGUCCCUCUUUGACUUUAAUUCUUAGACCAAUCACACAUGAGUGAUGGUGUCUAAACUGUUUCCUCCAUGCUGCCUAUGAGUGUUUCUGUCCACCCAAUUGAAAAGCAGCAAAGCUGCUCUGAAGGUUAGUUACACUGGCUCACUCUGGAGUGAGGUGGAGGUGGAGAUGUUUUAAGGCUCCGCCUAAAGGCAUGAGGCAUGGUGAUGGUGGGCUUGUAUGCAAACUCUGGUUUGCUAAAAAGCAGCUGAAAGAAGGCUCAGGACUCCCGGAGCCCAUCCACACACUGACUUUGAUCCCAAGAAAAGACUUCAGUCAUUUCCCUAUUGGCUGCUUCUAUACAGACAUAUACAACUACAUGCUGACAUACAAGGCCAUCACUCUUAAGGCUUUGUUUUUAAAUGAAAUUAAGACAGACCUGUGCCCCCCAUCCCUCGGUUGAUUACCAUUUUAUUGGGACAUCUUACUAUUAGAUAGUCCCUGGAGUGGCUUCAGAUCUUCCCCAGAUGCACUCUUGGAGGCAGCCAUUUGAAGAUGUGUUUUACUUAGCAGGCUAGAGAUGGCUAUCAAAACGUCUUCAGUGCUCUGCACAUACGUAUCACUGUGGCAUGGUCCAAAAGGCUGACAUCUAGUGCUCAGGAUGAUUGUUACCAGUUUAAGUGCUUACUAGUUAACUAUUAGCAUGCUAGUUGACCUGAUGGAACUGUUUGAAAACUUUAAGUGAAAUUUAACCUUAUGACAAAAGUCAAAUUCUUCAAGUUGUAGACUUUCUACUUGAGCCUGGUAGGCAAGGCUAAGCAUAGAUGUGUGAGACAACUUGAUAUGUAAAGCACUUGAUAUUAAAGGCAUAAACGUGAGACUGCUAAAUGUGUGUAGAGAAACUGACAUGUUUAAUAUGUGGGACAGUCCACACCCUACAUACAUCAGAAAAUUGAUUCCAGAGCAGGACAAAGCUUACACUGUAAAUAAACUCUUAAUGUCUGUGAGGCCAA